AUGUGUUCACAAAGGGCUCCGAGGGAUUUUUUGAUUAGUUGCUCCGAGUCCAUGAUACUGGACCAUGGGCAGUCUGUAGAGCAUAAGAGCAAAGAGACAGACCUGCAGGAUAUUGUGAUGGUCAGACUCAGCAGCCUACUGCUGAAGAAUGUGCAAAAGCUGGGUUGUUGCAGGUCAUUAAGGAUUUGCAUCUUGGCCGACAACUUCAUUGCCAAGAUAGAUGCUCUUGUCGAAUGUGUACAUUUAGUAAAGUUAGAUUUGAAAGGAAAUCAGAUAAAACAGCUUCCCGAUGCUGUUUUUUGGAGCCAGCUGAAAGAACUGCAGUUGCUAAAUCUACACGACAACAGUAUGUCGACCCAAGACAAUAUCACAGGGUUGUCUGGAUGUUCAAGAUUAUCUGCCUUAACCCUUUAUAACACCCCUGUCAGUUUAAAGGGACAGUACAGACAUUUCCUUGUCAACGUCAUAUGGUCGUUGAAGGCCCUGGAUAACUACGUUAUCUCUGAUGAAGAAAUAAUUGAAGACCGGCACCAGCCGAUGAAAUUCAAAUCAAAGAGCCGUCAUUUUUACGUGAAUCUUUACCCUGCUUCAAAAGCGGAUUCAUUCAAGACCGAAAUCAAAACAGUGCAUCAAAUAAUUGCAAAGAUAAACAGGAUCCAGGCGAUGUAUUCUCCAACUUUAAUUAUCCAGCGCUGGAUCCGGGGCUACCUUACCAGGAAGAAACUAGGCAUCCGACAGUCAAGAGCUGUGAGGAGUUCUAACAGACUCAAGGAGCAACUUUCGGCAAGCUUCCCAGUGGGGGCCGACUGGGGACCGACAGCAUCAUCAAAGGCGGCCCCAAAGGAAUGCAUAGGAGUUAAGGUCAAUCAGCAUGUGCACAUACCAAAGAUCUUUCAGGAAGCGAUGCAUCAGAUAUCUACUGAUAAGAAGAAACAGAAAAACCAGCAUCCUCUCUUUAAGACACCCCAAAACAGUAAAAUCCUGAAAUCUGACAAAGUCAAACUUAAUGAGUUUGUCAAAGGAAUGCCCAUUGAUAUCACACCAUUAUAUUUCUAUAACGAUGAUCCAAAAAACACAAACAUUUGCGUGUUUGGUUUAAAGGCUAUGAUCCACCCCAUAGUGCCACGUAAUCACGUGGUCUUUUCCCGCCAAGUAGCUGCCCGACACAUCCAUGAGACCACAAGCCUGCUGCACAACAUGAAGCAAAGGCCUUGUAUUCUUCCUCCAUGUUGCCCACCCAUGGUAACUAUUGACAAGAGCACAAUGGGUUGCUCUCCUGGUAGCAUCUGUCGCACACAAUGUCAGGCCACAAAGAAGGUCUAUGAGGACCUAAAAAACGCAGAAGAAAGAAGGCUUCUGACGGGCAGGAAGGAGCAGGUUGCUCAGUCCUGGGCCCGAAGAGAAGAGGCCAGAACCCGUCGUUUGGGGCUCAUGGAAGCUCGAAGGACGGAGGCACUUCGGCGUCACGAGCGUGAUCAGGCAGAGCUGGAGGACUCACUGAGGACAGUGAAAGCCUCUCACAUCAGGAAAGUCCAGGAGGUCCAGCAGAAAUACGCACUCUUCUUGGAGGAGAAGAGGAGAUUGGCUACAGAGGAGGAGCUGCUGAAGAACUUCAUCAGGCAACAUGCCUCUUUGGAGAAGGCCAUCAUGAAACACAAAACCUGCAAGAGGCUAUUUGUUGAUAAACAAGAGAAUAGCAACCAGGUUAUCUACAACAAGCAGCAGGCCAAGCCACAAAGACUGCUCACCCAGAGUAACAGAAAAACAUCUGUACAAGAGGAAAGUAUUGAACUGAUUGAAUCUGGAGACUCCCAUUUGGCAAGCAAACACAAUUAUCGACGCUCAAAAUCUGACACCAGGGUUUCCAGUUCCACAGCAACCCAUUCCAAAGUGAAAGAUCUGCAAGUAGACCCAGUGAGUCAGACUACAUAA